CCGGUCGGCGCCAUAUUGGAGUAGAUCUUUUGUUAUAAAUAGACAUACAAGAUUGAUGCUGCCGCGGGCUGAGUUUAUGUGAUUUGCAGAAACAGACGCAGAUUAUUAAUAAAGAACACUUCAAAGGAAGCCAUGAAAGAGAUGUCAGUCAGUAAUAUUUUACAAGGCGGACAGCUUCAGCAGCCUCAAAAACAUUAUGGAAUCACCUCCUCUAUCAGCCUGGCUUUUCCAAGAGAGAUUGAUAACCUUUAUACACAAAAAUUAAUUGAAGCAAUGAGACCUUUUGGUGUUUUUGAAGAAGAAGAAGAGUUGAGUCAUAGGUUGGUGGUUUUAGGAAAACUGAAUGAAUUAGUUAAAGAAUGGAUUGUAGAAGUUAGUGAGUCAAAGAACUUACCACCAUCAGCUAUAGCCAAUGUUGGAGGGAAAAUUUUUACAUUUGGUUCCUAUAGACUUGGAGUUCAUACAAAAGGUGCUGAUAUUGAUGCUCUUUGUGUUGCACCACGCCAUGUAGAAAGAUCAGACUUUUUCCAGUCAUUCUUUGAAAAAUUAAGAAAACAUGAAGGCAUCAAAGACUUACGGGCUGUUGAAGAUGCUUUUGUGCCUGUCAUCAAAUUUAAGUUUGACAGCAUUGAGAUUGACUUGUUGUUUGCACGGCUAGCCUUGCAGUCCAUUCCUGAUAACUUGGACCUUCGAGGAGAUUCACACUUAAGAAAUCUCGACAUAAGGUGCAUCCGUAGCUUGAACGGUUGCAGGGUCACUGAUGAAAUUUUGUACUUGGUGCCAAACAAGGAGAAUUUCAGGUUAACCCUCAGAGCAGUCAAACUUUGGGCAAAACGGCGUGGAAUAUAUUCUAAUAUGUUAGGUUUCCUAGGUGGUGUAUCCUGGGCAAUGUUAGUGGCAAGGACCUGCCAGUUGUAUCCCAAUGCAGUAGCAGCUACUUUAGUUCACAAAUUUUUCUUAGUUUUUUCAAAAUGGUAA